AUGGCUCAGUUCUCGACAUCUCGAUGGGCUUCCCUUCUGGUCCUGCUGUGCGUGGGCCUGGCGAAUGCCCACACUGUCAUCACAUACCCCGGAUACCGAGGAAACAACCUUCACACCAAUGGUACCGUCGCUGAAUCUGAGGGUCUGGGUGUUGCUUACGAAAAUGGCUCAUACAUCUACCCGUAUGGCAUGGAGUGGAUUUAUCCCUGCGGUGGUAUGCCCCGAUCAACCAACCGUACUAAAUGGCCCGUCCUGGGAGGUGCCGUUGCGGUCCAGCCUGGUUGGUUCCCCGGCCAUUCGACUGCCCUGAUCUAUGUCAACAUUGGUCUCGGCACGAUCCCUGAGAACAUGAGCCACCCGGUCGUCUCUCCCUUCCAGAUCACCGGCCCGACCAACAAUCCCUACCCGGGUACCUUCUGUCUGCCACAGGUUCCCUUGCCUGCGAACGUCAGCGUCAAGGUUGGUGACAAUGCCACUAUCCAAGUGGUUGAGACUGCAAAGCACGGUGCCGCACUAUACAACUGUGUCGACAUUACCUUCGCCGAUGUUCAUGACCCCGAGAUUGAAAGUGUCACUCGGGACAACUGUUUCAACUCUACCGACCUUACAUUCCAGUACAUGUACACAACAGGUGGAAUCAACGCGGCCCCGAGUCUGAAGCCUCAUACACUGCUUGCCCUCGGACCGCUCCUGUUGGCGGCCGUCUUGGGCAGCUUCGUGUAG